CUAAUAGGUCUGCCUAUUCAAAGUAAAACGCUCGUGAAUCGUUCAAAAAAGAAUAAUAAUACUUGCACCAGCGUACAAACUCAGAUUACUUAUUCGUUUAUUAAAGCGUUAUACAAGUCCACUUUCUCGGCGAUUUUGGAUAUUGAAUAUGGUUCAUGGCACUGGCCAAAAGCACUUUUCCCCCGAUCUCAAUCGAGGAAAGUGGGAAAGACCUUCGGACUAUAUAUUUGUCAGCGUAGGAUUAGCUCUGAAAUUGGAUGUCUUUGAUUUUACAUAUUAUUCGCACUACAAUUUGGGCAUUCUUGGAAUAUUGAUUUACUUCACCUAUAUGGUAAUUUACUUGGUUCCAAUCAUAUUCGUUCACUCCUUUAUGGGUCAGUUCUCCAGCAGCGGCUUUAUCUCUGCCUUCCGCCUGUCUCCUUUUUUCAAAGGAAUGGGAUAUCUCAGCGUAAUUCUAAGCCUCUCAAUGCUCAUUUACUAUAGCCUUUAUGCUGCUAUUCCGCUUUUGUUCAUAAUAAACUCCUUGCGACCCACUUUACCCUGGAGUUGCGAAGGCCUAAAAUCCUGGUUUAAUGAGACCCCUGGACGACCGACAAUAUGUAAUUCGACAAUUAGUAGCGAGUAUUCUAAAAAUCAAAACAACACAGAUAAGAAGGAACUUUAUGUUCCUUCCGUGCUCUACUUUAACAAUCAUUAUGACAGCCUGCGAGAAAAAGGAUAUCCAAAUAGUAAGGAUGACUAUGAGUUAUCGUGGUGUUUCAUUGGAUUAUUCGCUAUAGUUUGGGCAGUGAUCGCAUUUAUUUUUUAUAAAUUUUCGGAUACGGCUAAGUUUGGAAAAUUGAUACGAUACAUGGUUAUUGGGACACUGACUCUCCUGUUAGUGUGCUUUGUGCGGCUCCUCUUCCUUCCAGGAGGUCUUUCGUGGCUAGAUAGAUAUACUGCUCCAGAAGCCAGUGAUUGGUUGGAUAGCUCCACCUCCACAUAUCUCAUCGCUAUGCAGGCGUUUGGAGCUGGCUGGGGCACUGUGAUAGCCCUCUCCAGUUUUAACGAGUUCAAGGCCGACAUAACGUCGUACAGUUGGAUUAUUUCCUUUGGUCAAAUAUUUAUUUACAAUAUGUUUGGCUUGGUAUCCUUUAUGGUGGACCACUACUUUAAAGGGAUUGCUGAAGCUUCAGAUAAUGCGAAUGUCAACAAUAUUUGGGUAAUGAUUUUGUCUAGUGCCAGUGCUUUGUCCACCAUGGAUUGGCCAAACUUGUGGACAAUCAUUUACUACUCUACGUUGUUUAUGGCAGCUGUUAUUUUGAUAGCGACGCAGAUAUUCACCGUCCUACAAAGUUUGUUUGAUGAGUUUGAAGAAAUUAGAGCGAGAAAACAGGAAGUUACAUUUGGUCUUAUUGGUGGGCUUGCAGUGUGUUCAAUUUUCUUUUGCACAAACCAUGGUAUUGUUUUCUUUUGUGCUUUCUAUGGCGACUCCAUUUUUUCGCACAGCUUGCUACAUUUGCUGCUACUUUUGGUGGUUUUGUGGAUAUAUGGCCGCGAUCGGUUCCAGCGGGAUAUUGAAUUUAUGUUGGGUCAACCGUUCGCCUCCUGGAAGAUUUUUAUACUCCGCUUCAUUGCUCCAAUUUUUUUUGUGAUUUGCCUGCCCAUGGGAGUAAAAUGGUCCUUAUUUAAUCACUUUACUUGGCUCUCACUAGAAUUCCACGUAAUGUGCAUUAUUGUGCUAUGGUUACCCAUUCUGGCAAUACCUGGAAUCGGACUCUACUACCUUUCCCAAAACACUGGAACAUUCUACGAUCGCCUCAGACGCACCUGCCGACCAACCGAGUGGUAUCCGGUUGAGAUGGAGCAUCGCCAGAAGUACGAGGAGGCUAUAGGAACCCCAGAGACUACCCACCAGCUUACUGAUCUGUUAAACUAAGUGGUUCCUUCAGAAUUUUCACAAACAUAUGUCGCAAUAUUACAAAUAUAUAUAUAUUU